UAAUGACGUCCACUGAAAUCACGAGGCAUGUUCACUUGGAAACGAGCUGCUGUGUUUCGACACUGCGUUGUCGUAAAUCUCGGGUCCGCCAGCCAUCAUAAGUUCAAGAGGUAACGCCUGGUUGAGCUUUUCGCUCCGGCGACAACAAAAGAGCGAUCAUGACGAGGGGAAAUCAGCGUGAGCUUGCCCGUCAAAAGAAUGCUAAAAAGCAAAAUGAAACUACCAAAGGGAAGAGAAAUGAAGAUGGACUCUCUGCAGCUGCCCGUAAGCAAAGAGAUGCUGAAAUCAUGCAGCAGAAGCAAAAAAAGGCAAAUGAGAAAGGAGACCCUAAAGCCAAAUAACCAGUGUAUGGGGUUGUGACCGACAUGGCAUCCAAGAUCUUUUUUCUUUUGUCAAGAGAGAGUAUCUUUCAUUGUCUAGAUGUGGAGACUUUGAUUCUUUAAUGUUUCAUCCCAAACUCCAUAAUGUGCUUGAAAGGGCAUAUCAACUAUACAGUAAUGAUUUGUGUUCAGCUAUGGAGGAGGAGAGAGUUUAUGUUCAAAUAAUAAGAGCAAGCCCAAAUAAAUGGGAGUCUCAAAAUGUCUGGACCGGACUUGUGAUCUUGUAUUUUUGUAUAAAGUGCCCUUCUUAAUAAAAAUGUACAUUUUUAAUUCACACCUACCAAUUAAACUGUUAUCCCUAUAA